GAGAUAGCGCCGGCUGAUUUUGAUUGAAUCUCCAAGCAAAUAAUAUUGUUGAGAUUUUAUAUUGGGCCUUCAGGUGCCAGUGGCAGUUCAACAGAAACUUAUGCAUGGGGCCCAUCGCCCUCGUUCCGGGGGAGUCAUUAGCUGGCUGGUCGCGGGCCUCCUAAAUGCUCCUGAAGACGCGCUACUGCACUCUUUUAGUAAGCGACAAGUGUAUUUACAGAUAGCCAUACAGAUGUGCUGAUGUGGCUACACUGGAAGACUGGAUUGGCGAGUUUUCGUGGGCCGCGUCCUGCGCAGUCGGCUGUUCAGCCUGCUCCUGAGCCUGCUCCGCAGCCUCCUCAGCCCGGCGUCGCGCAAGUCUUUCAAGGCGCUUUCGUUGCUGUGGGCACUUUUGGACUCGCCUACGAGGUCGCCUACCACGUCACCAAUCGCGCGGCCGAAUUAAAGCUCAAAGCGGAGGUUCAGGCCAUCAGGCAUAGCGCUGAUAUUUAUCGCGUGCGCGCGGACGCCAGCAUCCAGGCCGCGCAGCAGAGGGCUGCCAUUUAUCGCGAGCACGCGGACGCCAGCAUCCAGGCCGCGCAGCAGAGCGCUGCCAUUUAUCGCGUGCGCGCGGACGCCAGCAUCCAGGCCGCGCAGCAGAGCGCUGCCAUUGAUCGCGUGCGCGCUGAGCAGGCCAAGAGUCCGGUGGACAUCGUCUUCCAUGCAGAUAACCAGGCCUACCGCGACAGCCUGCAGAAGGACGCUGAGAAGAAGAAGGACGUGGACGUGAAGAAGGACGUGGACGUGGAUGCCGAUAAGAAGGAGCCGUAAGGUACCGGGCGUGGGGAGGGCAGGGGCAGGGACGGGGAUCAGGGGCAGCUGAUCCCCGUCCCUGCCCCUGCCCUCCCCGCGCCCGGUACCUUACGGCUCCUUCUUAUCGGCACAGGGUUUCCGGGCUCUGGAGAACCGAGAGUGGAAAGGGUCUUGGGGGUUGCCGAGGCAGGCUCAUAGUAUGCUGCUAGAAGCAUGGGCCGGCAAGGGAGUGUAUGUAGUUGCUGUCAUCUGACGGCUGCCUGGGUUUCCAGACCAAGAACGGAAAGGGUCUUGGGGGAUGUCGGGGGGAACAUCGACACAGGUUGCAUGGGGCUUUCGGGCCCAGGAGACAUUGGCAGGAAAUGCUUGAGUGCUGGCAUGCGUUCGAAUGAGCAUUGGCGAUUCGGGCGCGACCCGUUGCAGCGCCAUCCGGCAGUCGGCACUGAUAGAUACAGGACCGCUCGAUGGGUGCUGGGUGUAACGGGCGUGCGGACGGGGCGCAGGCGGGGGAGCCAUGCACGACGGUGAUGCGGUAGCGGUGUGGCGGUAGCGCCAUGAAUACGGCGAUACACACCUACGUUGCUUAAUGGCAGCCAGUUGCUGCCAGCGCCUUAGGGCGUGAAGCGCGUGUCCAGUGCCAUAUGCGUAAGGGCGGCAUCGUGCCAUUUUGGGGCGCGCGGGUGUGAUGGUCUUGUGUGUGUCAAUUUUCAUGUGCGUGGGGCGUGCAGCCGUGAGAAUGCCAACAGGCACACUCCUGAGCUAGCACCUAGAGCUUCCCCCGGAUGCAUCCGUAGACUGUCAGUGGACUUGUGGGACCUAGAUGUGGGCUGACUCUGUACUUGGUGACUUAGGUGAGAGCGUAGGUUUAGCGCAGGAAACUACGGGAAUAGCUACGUGGCGGUGGGGCUGUGGCGGGCUUCGGCUUGGCUUCGACUCAUGUGCGUAACACUAAGAAGGUCGGCAGCCAACCAGGGGGCGGGUGUUGUUUCUCUGGGUCGCAGAUGGCCCUUCGCGGCGUGGGUACGGCGUGCCCCCGCUUGUCGGGCUGUCCCUUCAAUUGUAAUCCGCAUCCAAUAGCAAGGAAGUGUGAAGGAAGAGCGCCGGACUGCGUGCCAUAAGUCUUGACGUGAACAAUUGGCCAUGACGCGAGGGAUCAUUAAUUGCAGGUUGGGGCGAUACGAAAGCAGGAGCCGACGCGGUGAUGGGGCAGCCCUGAAGAUGGGCUCACACACAGUGGCUGCCGGCAAGUGUUGCCCGUGGGCGGCACGUGCGAGAUUGUGCCGCAUAGAACUUCGAGCAUUGGGCGGUUGUUUAAGGGGUUCUGCAAGGUUGGUUGGGUGUAGUCUGCAGGUGCAGUGGUGGAACUAACUAGGUGAUGCCGAGAGUUUGGCUCCUGUUGUAAUGGCCUGAUGAG